ACCUUUGAUGAUACUAUGUUAUUAUGCUAUUUGUCUCAGUAUAUUGUAACAAUUUAGUAACGGUGUUAUAAGUGUCAAACUGUCCAAGGGAAACGUCAAACGGAUGAAUAUUGGAAUUUCGAGUCGGUGAUAGGUGUACGUUUUGAACAAAAUACUGCCGUUCGGAUUGGAACUAGUGACGAAGAGUGGUUAACUUCCAAAAGAUUGAAAUAUUCAUCGCAUAACAAUAUGAUCUCUUCGUCCCGAAAAAAUCCCCAAAGAAAAGUCGCCGGGAAAAAACUCGGAGAUAAAGAUAUCAUCAACGGGACUAAUGUUAAACACGAAUUUGAUGAAAUGGAAAAUCAUUGCUACGAAUCAUUGAUACAAGUUGAAGAAACGACAUCUGUAGACAUGCGAGCAACGAACAACUUGGCAGACGAAAAAUGCGAAUUGUGUUUAGAAUCGUUUACAUCCGGAAAGCAAUUGAAACAUCAUAUUACAACAUCACAUCAUGAUAUUUUUAAGAUCAAUGAAAUUCAAAUUAAAGACGAAGUCGAUACUGGUUUCGAAGAUAACGAUAUGAUCAACGAAACUAACAUUGAACAAGAGAAUGAUAAAAUGGAAAAACAUUGCUAUAAAUCUUUGAUAAAAAUCCAAGAAACUAAGGCUUCGGGCAUGCUAGCAACACACAGCUUGGUGGAGGAAAUAUGUGACUUGUGUCUGCAGUCAUUUACAUCUCAAAAGCAAUUGAAACAUCAUAUAACAAAAUCGCACAGUGGCAUUCCUAUGAUUGAUGAAUGUGCAGUUACAACAGAUGUCGAAAACGAAUUCAAAUUUAAUGAAACAGAAGACAAGCCAAGAACUAAACUUAAUGUAGGUGAGACCGACGACUACUACUACAAGUCUAUAUUUGAAAUAGGAGAAAAUAAUGAGCAAGUGAAAGAGCAACGAAAAACAAUCGACGGAAAUGAAUACAGUGACCAUCGUACGAGAAAUGAAGUGAACAAAAAAACUGACGGUUGUUAUUUCGAAUCGAGGAUUGAAACAGAUAACAAUAAAAAAUCAGCAACAAAGUAUAACAAUGAAGAUAUACCCAAACGACGGUUUUUCCAAUGUCAUUUAUGUCAAAAAAUAUUUGACACCAAAAAACAAAUAACUUUACAUAUAUUAAAAUCCCACCAAAGUUUAACGGAUUUUACUCGUAGAGAUAACGAUAUGAUCAACGAAACUAACAUUGAACAAGAGAAUGAUAAAAUGGAAAAACAUUGCUAUAAAUCUUUGAUAAAAAUCCAAGAAACUAAGGCUUUGGGCAUGCUAGCAACACACAGCUUGGUGGAGGAAAUAUGUGACUUGUGUCUGCAGUCAUUUACAUCUCAAAAGCAAUUGAAACAUCAUAUAACAAAAUCGCACAGUGGCAUUCCUAUGAUUGAUGAAUGUGCAGUUACAACAGAUGUCGAAAACGAAUUCAAUGACCAUCGUACGAGAAAUGAAGUGAACAAAAAAACUGACGGUUGUUAUUUCGAAUCGAGGAUUGAAACAGAUAACAAUAAAAAAUCAGCAACAAAGUAUAACAAUGAAGAUAUACCCAAACGACGGUUUUUCCAAUGUCAUUUAUGUCAAAAAAUAUUUGACACCAAAAAACAAAUAACUUUACAUAUAUUAAAAUCCCACCAAAGUUUAACGGAUUUUACUCGUAGAGAUAACGAUAUGAUCAACGAAACUAACAUUGAACAAGAGAAUGAUAAAAUGGAAAAACAUUGCUAUAAAUCUUUGAUAAAAAUCCAAGAAACUAAGGCUUUGGGCAUGCUAGCAACACACAGCUUGGUGGAGGAAAUAUGUGACUUGUGUCUGCAGUCAUUUACAUCUCAAAAGCAAUUGAAACAUCAUAUAACAAAAUCGCACAGUGGCAUUCCUAUGAUUGAUGAAUGUGCAGUUACAACAGAUGUCGAAAACGAAUUCAAUGACCAUCGUACGAGAAAUGAAGUGAACAAAAAAACUGACGGUUGUUAUUUCGAAUCGAGGAUUGAAACAGAUAACAAUAAAAAAUCAGCAACAAAGUAUAACAAUGAAGAUAUACCCAAACGACGGUUUUUCCAAUGUCAUUUAUGUCAAAAAAUAUUUGACACCAAAAAACAAAUAACUUUACAUAUAUUAAAAUCCCACCAAAGUUUAACGGAUUUUACUAACACAUACUCGAACAUCAGCCGAGCCUAUAAAUGUGACGUCUGCCUUAAGCCUUUUUCUACAAGUUCUAACCUCACAAUACACAAACGCGUGCACACUGGGGAAAAACCUUACAAAUGUAAUUUGUGCUCCAAGUUAUUUACUCAAAAAUCUAACCUCACACUACACAAACGAGUGCACACUGGGGAAAAGCUUUUCAAAUGUAAUUUGUGCUCUAAGUUAUUUACUCAUAAUUUCAGCCUCACACGUCACAAACUAGUGCACUCUGGGGAAAAGCCUUUCAAAUGUAAUUUGUGCUCCAAGUUAUUUACUCAAAAAUCCAACCUCGCACUACACAAACGAUUGCACUCUGGGGAAAAGUCCUUUAAAUGUAACGUGUGCUCAAUGACUUUUUCUCAAUUACCCAACCUUACACGUCACAAACGAGUGCACUCCGGGGAAAAGCCCUUUAAAUGUAACGUGUGCUCAAAAACUUUUUCUCAUACUCCCAGCCUCACAAUACACAAACGAGUGCACUCCGGGGAAAAGCCCUUUAAAUGUAAUGUGUGCUCAAAAACUUUUUCUGAUAAAUCCAACCUCAUACGACACCACAAACGCGUGCACACUGGGAAAAAGAAUUUAAAAUUUAUCUAGUGCUCUAAACCAUUUACUCAAAAACCUCACCUCACAAAACACAAAUAACGUGCACCA